AUGACCCGAGCUCGUCAUCACUUGACCAUCCAGGAGAAGAACCAACUGCGCGCGUACCACCGCGAGCGUUCAGAUUUGACGCAAGAGCAGCUCCGAGAAUGGGUGCACGACAGGUUUGGCAAGUGGAUUGGGCGCUCUACUAUCGGCAAAAUUGCCAGUAUGCCCGAAGAAGUAAGUGCGAACCCCACUGCGAAGCGUAUCCAGAGCGGUCGGUAUCCCGAGAUGGAGGCUGAGUUGUAUGCGUACAUAACAGCUACACAACUCAAUGAGAACGGAGACAAGGCAUUGCAAGAUGGACUUUCUCUUCUUAGUGAAGGGUUGUUAUGGACAAAGGCCAAUGAGAUUCUAAACCGCACUCGAGGCUUAAGGCACUCGGUGUCGUUAGGAUGGGUGCAACGAUUUAAGAAACGUCACGGACUUCACCGCUCGCAAAGGGCUGAAAAUAAGGUUGGAGAGCAAAUAACAGAGACCAUGGAGUUAGAGAGCAAUUGUGUAGGUACGAAGCGAGGACGAGAGGAGGAUGGGUGUGUUGAUGCUAACGGCAACUGCAACGAUCGUGAUGCCGAACCUAACGGAAAGAUGGCGGUGAUACCACCAAGUGAUUCUACCGGUAUAACUACCGGUAGAACAGCAAGUAGAAAACAGUUUGUCUCGGCCGAUGACAUUUUGCUGCUGACUCAGGUGAAAGUUACGAAACCGUGGGCAUAUCCGCACUUGAUGGAUGGCUGGCAAGCAGUGUGUUCCGAGUUAAGGAAACACAGCAACUUCAACUUGGAAAAGACAGCUGGAGCCUGCCAAGCACGUGUAGCGUUGUUGCUCGAUCAUUUGCGUGCUGGAAAUGUUGCUGCGUUGCGAAAGUCUGGUACGUUGGAAGAGUAUGAACAGAAGCGUGAGCUGCUGGUCCAGGUCCAGGCAAAGCAAUCCGCUUUUGACGGUUUCCAGGAAGAUGUUCGUCAGCGAAGAGAUGCACUGUCUCCACUGUCAGCUGGGACGCAGCACGAUGCUGCUGUUGUAAAGAUAGGUGAAGCUGCUGUCGCUACCAUCGUUGCAGAGGCAACAGGAGGAGCGGACUGGGACUGCCAACGCCGCCUCGAGCUGCUAGAGAUCAAGAUGGAACGCGGACUUGCCGAGCAGAGGAGACAUGCAGACGAGCAAGCGCGACGACUCGAGAGACUGCAAUGUGCCCAAUUGGAGGCUCAGCAGAACCAGCACGCACAGUUGUUAAGUACUAUUCAGCAACAGCAGGCGAUGAUGCUGGAUUUGAUCAAGUCAGUUGCCGCUCAAUCGAAGAAAGACUAA